AUGAUAGGGGUUACACAAAACCGUAAUGGAGACGAUUCUGUCAUGUCAGAUGUCGAUUUGACAAAUUUGCACUCGUUCAGUUCAGUCACAAGUACAUCAACUGUGCAAGAUCAAUUAUUCUCUAAGAGCGAAGACGAGUUACUUUUCUCUCAGAACAAAAGAAUUAAAUUAAAGGAUCUUAGUUGUGGCGGAACGUUAAUUGAAAAUUCGAGUCAUGUGCUCAAUUACAUUUACGAUGCAGCAAACGAAUUGGAAAAUCCUUGUAUCACCGAAUUUCAUGAUAAGAAGAAAGACCAUUCCGUGACCCUAUUAUUAGCUCCAGAUAGCAAAGAAGUACUUAUUUCGGAUCUGAAUGCCCAAUUAAGGUCAUCCAUUUACGAAAACUCAACCGAUCUUUCUAUGGGACGUAUACGUAAAGUAGAGACGUCAGCAACGGCAACUAUCAGUGGGAAAGUUGUUAUUAAUGUAGAAAAUAGUUGGUAUCCCUUGCUUAUCAAAUCGUUUAAGGUAAAAUUAUGUUGUUACACCACAGAAAUGGUAAAUUACAUCGAUAAAGACCAAAAAAUCUAUAGGCCUCUAAAUGGAGAUCUCGAUGAUUUAUCAAAUUGCAAAGAGAGAACAUCAUUCGCUUACCUCAAUAAAUAUUGUAGUGAAAAUCCUAUCAAUAUGCUACCUUUACAACAAAUCUCCAUUGAUUUAAUAAAAGUUGGCGAAGCAGAUUGUACUAAACUCUUAUUAUUAUCCAAGGGGAAAUAUGCGUUCCCAUUCACAAUUAAUAUAAGACCCAAUGAGUUCCCUGCUGAUUUAAAUACAAUGUUUGGAAAAACUUGCUACAGAGUGGAAUCUUUAAUAUCUUUGCAUAACAUAGAGAAAAAAGGAGCUGAUAGAGAAGAUCAAAUAAUUCUAACUGAAAAGAUUAAUUUUUCUCGUGUGUUACCGAUGAUGGAAAUUAAUAUGAGAUAUGAGCCCAGUUCAGUAAUGGGAGCAUGGGAUCGUGCUCAAUUAUUUUAUGAGAUUUCACUAUCAACUAGAAUAUUUGAAAUCAACAGAAAAUUCAAUUUGUCCUUUGAAUAUUACACAUUGGUCCCCAAUUUUCACGUUAAAAAAAUGGCAAUAUCAUUAAUACAAUAUGUUACUAUACCUUCAGUUGUAGUCAAUGACACACCAGAUUACUAUUUCUUCGACUACAGUACCAAAUUAACAAAAACCAUUAGAUACGUUUAUAAAUUAAGAGAAUUUAAAAUGGAGGAAAAGAAUGGCGUGGGAUAUAAUGAGGAAACAGGAGAAAAAAUUAAAGCCCCAAAACUUUGUGAAAUCCAGGAUCUAGUGAUCUCUAAUUUUAUCGAUGAAGAAAAACGGUUGAAGAAUUCAAUUUCACCAUUUUAUUUUGAAGAGAGUAGUAUAAACAAGGGAAUGGCAAGGAUAAAAGUUACACAUAAGUUGACUGUGACAUUAACUAUCGAAAAAAACGGAGGGAAGAAUGAAACUGUCCUGUUGAUUAUUAAGAUACCGGUAUUAUUAGUUGGACCAGGGAUGUUGGAGAAUUUAACAUUACCAAAAUAUGAACCCUUCCAGAGCUUGCAUGAUAUAUCGAAUAAUCAGGCACCACCAUACUCCCACGGUACUACGAAUAAUAUGUAA